AUGUAUUCUCCGGGCUAUAACAACCUCGGCCAAGUUGCCAAGCCUAUUGGGAUAUUCAAACAAUUUAUCUCGAAGGAGCCACAAACCAUUGUCCUAAGAGAAAAGGUCCUCUCCCUCUCCGGGGAUAGCUUCAACAUAAAAUCGGUCAAUGGAAAGCCACUUCUGAAAGUGCAAGGAGCCUGGGUAUCGAUUUCUGGUCGCAAGAGGGUCGAGGACGUCAAUGGCAACCACUUGUUUGAUAUUGUCAAGGAGCUUCUACACCUUCAUGCGACCUAUGCAAUUGAAAGUCCCCGUGGCGAGAAGAUGUGCGAGGUCAGGAAUAAUAUCAGAGUGUUCGGCUCCAAAGCCACCGCCAGCUUCACUGGUCUAAAUGGCAAGACAGUGACUCUGGAAAUGAAAGGGAGCUGGUUGGAUUAUACUGCCGAUAUUGUCGACAACAAAACUGGCUUGGCAGUUGCCCGCAUUGAUCGGAAACUGCUUAGCGGCCGCAACCUGUUGUUUGGCCAGCAGACUUAUGCCGUUGUCGUGGCACCUGGCGUGGAUGCAGCACUGGUCGCCGCCUUGUGCAUUUGUUUUGAUGAAAAGAACAACGAGAGACGUCGCAGAUAG